GUUUUGUUUUUAUGAGGCGGCCGUAUCAGCUCAGCGAUACUGCGCUGUCUCAGUGGUGCCAGCGGGACAUUCCAAACUUCCCUCUCUCAGAGUUCGCCACGCAAAAUCAGUCUGCAUUAAUAAUAGCUUUCCAGUCCACCACCAAUCUCAUUGCACAAAGCGAGUACAAAUCUCUUCUCUGGUCUUCCUUUCAAUCUUCAGGUCUGAAUAUUCUGAAAAUAUGCGAACAGUUGCGCAAACCACUUUGUUCAGACCCAAAAAAUCAGACGUACCAAGGACUGACUCUUAAUUUGUGGUCGUAUAUAUGCUACCUGAAUAUACUUGUUAUUGACGGUGCAGGCGCGAAUGGGAUAUUUGACGUGGGUAUAUUUCAAUAUGCUGUGGAACAACCGCAAAGCGUCUGCAGAUUUCUAACCAAUGAGGUACAAAACAAAACAUCCAACAAGUCACGCUCGCGACCCUCGGCAAAGAGUUUUGAUGAAGAUAAUGACGAAGGAGAUAGUGGAAGUCUGAGGUCUCCCCAGAUAGGGAGCCUCCUGCAGCUGGUGAACAAACUGGUCACAGUGUUGAAUCUGGUCAUGGAGAGGGUAUCUCUUGCUCAGUCCGAUCUCUCCCAACAUAUGCUAGUGACGAGAUUGGCAAGUGCACUGCACUAUUGCACGUAUUCGAAACCAAAGGAGCUCUCAAAGAUCCUGGAUGCUAGACUGUGUCUGAAAGUGUUAGGAACCUACAUGACAAACCCCAUCCACCAACUGACCCUGAAACAGGACAGCAUACUGAUGAAACACCUCAUGUCGAUUGUGGUGAUGAGGAACCCAAACCAGCUGGAUGGAUCCACAGCACAGGCUACACUGACACAGCCAGUGGUCCGUCUGGCCGAGCUGACUGUCCAGCUGAUUCGCGAUUUGAUCCAGGAGAAACCAGAAGCAUCGCAGAGUGCCUUCAUUCUGGCUCAGCAUGUGACUGUGGGUGUAGUGGACAAAAUGGAAUAUCGGAGCAAGACAGCGGACUCCUUGGUGUCUAUCAUAUCACUCUUUCCAGAGUACUGCUACGAAGUCAUGUCCGAGUGGCUAUUCAGUAAACUACACAGCUCGAAGCAAAAUGAAAGACUGUUUGUGCUGGAAGUUCUCGAAAAACUACUCAACUUCAGCUCAAGUACUGGUACUGAAAAUAGAAUGAACCUGGACCAUGAACAGUUAGUCGGAUCUAUACUUGACCGAUGUUCAGACAAAGUACCUUCGAUCAGGGCCAAAGCGUUCAGUUGUAUCUCGACCAUGUGUAAGCUGAGAAGCGAAGCAAUUUCAACAGUUCUCAAGACCAAACUAAGAUCUAUGCUCUGCGAUGGUUCAGAAAAUCAGGGAAGUGAGGAGCCCUAUAACAGCGCUUCGACGAUGCCGCCGGAUUUGGACCCGAACUUGCACGAUAGUGGCGCUAUCACGCUUGGCGAGAAUGAAUCGUGUUUCGAACUUAUCUUUUUGCCGAGUUGUCGUGACGAGAAGUGCAAUGUACGUAAAGCGGCACUUCAAGCUUUCGUAGACGUAGUAGUGUGUUUAUUAUCGACAAGCUCAGCUAAACAGCUGAUCACUGCUGCACUAAAUGAGGCCUCGACGGAUGCUACGUUGGUAAUUAGGAAGCAGGCAAUUGAAAGUAGCACGAAAUUGUUGCAUGAGUUCGCUUUGGAGCAUCAGUUCAAAGAAGCGUGGCUGGUCAAUGUUAUGCCGCUGUUCUCUGACCCCGAGAAGGCAGUAGUAGAGCGAGCCAUUUCAGUAUUCGAAGUGACAGUCCUCACUCCUCUCAGUCGUAUGGAGUCCUCUGAUGAUCUCACUUGUUCCUCGGAAGUCCUCAUGGCCUGGAGUCUACUCGACAUCCUGACCCUAUCUGACAACUACAUGUACUUCUUCCGACUGGGUGCAGCUGAAUUAUGCGGGCAAGUUCUACAACCGUGUGUGGAAAAAUUGGUGGACUGUGUUAGAGCAAAGAGACACGAGGUGUCGUGUUGGAUGCUACUAUCUCGAAUCAUGAAGACAAAGGAGUGGAAAAUAAUUGCCAAUGAGGCGUUGAAAGAAGUGACGAGCAACCUAACGAUGGACAACUCAAUCGUUGAGCAGAAUGACAGAUUCAGACUGUCUUUCAUCGUGGACAUCCUCUGCUUCUCAUCCCCGAAGUCAAUCCCGAAAGCAGACAUGAGCAGUGCAGUGAAUUCUCUGUUGGCUGUGGCGGGAAAAGUGUCACUACCAUUGCACUGCGCAACAGAUAUUUUGGGCGCUGUGAGUGUGAUCACGGAAAAAUAUGAGUUACAAGAAGUGUUGCAGAAUUACGCCAUUUUUACAGCAGAGGGAACAAAAGAAGCAAUAAAAACCUAUGACCCCUCCGUGUAUCUAAUGGACGAACCAGCAUUCGACAACGAGAGCUUCAUGCGCAAACUGUUCAUAGUCGGCCAACUGACCUUCUGCAAUCUGCAAGAGUGUUCAAAUGCUCUUUCGUCCCUGAAGUCUUGCUUCAAACCACUUCUGAAGAUGAUGCAAAGUUUAUUAAGUAUUCGGAAGCAAAAUGCUGAGAAUCCGGAGCUGGAUGAUGAACAUAUGGCGUCUGUUCAGGCGGUGGGCGUGAUCGCCAUUGGAAACAUGUGUCUAAUCUUCGAAGAGUUCAAUAAACAAGGAGCCGAUUUGUUGGGAGAUCUGAUCGCCCCUUCUACACAUGACGACUACCGAGAAAAUUACUGCUCUCUGAAAGUAGCCAACAACGCUAUAAUAGUUCUCUGUGACCUAUGCAAGCGAUACACGCAUACAGUGGAGAGGUUCCUGCCCCGAAUAUACAGAUAUCUAGCAUGUCCAGAUUCAUUCCUGAGAUACCAGACACUAGCUGUGGUGUUUGAAUUGCUCCAGAACGAGUACAUAAAGAUACGCGACAGUCUUUUUUUCAGAAUGCUGACUUUGUACGUGGAUGAGACGGAGAAAGUGGCAAGACUGGCCGAAUACUGUUUAGAUCACAUGGCCACCAGACACCGCUCCCUCUUCUUCACCCACUUGCCAGAGACGCUCUUCUUCCUCAACGAACACCACACUCAUCCCAAAUACAACCAGUUCCCCAAGGAAGGACUGGUUCGCUCGGGGCUCGGUGAAACUCCAGAAGGAAAUGAGGAGAUCCAACCGGAAAUGGAAAUUCCUGUAGCGGUGUCAGCUCAUCAGAACAAGCGGCUCCUCGUCUACCAAUUCCUAGCACAGCACCUCAGCGAACAGCAGAAGUUUCAGCUAAAAGUGCGGCUGAUGACAGAAGUGGUCGGAUGUUACGUGAAGAGUUCUGGGCCGGUUGAGCCAACUUUCGAGAAUAUUCUAUCGGAUGUUCUGAAGCUAUUCACGUUGAAGGCGAUGAAAACAGUAUCAGGUUCACGGGAGAACACCGACCCUGAUAACAACUCAGUUGAACCUAAAAGUAAUUCCGGGCAAUCUGUUACUGAAACUUCAUCGACCACGAGUUCAGCUAAAUUCACAGAGAUGGUGCGAGAUGUAACAGUGGAGCAGUUUUUACCAGUGAUGCUGAGUUUGCGUGAAAAACUGAAGCAAGAGCAAAAAGAAAAACUUCUUGUGGAUGUUUUGACUUGCUUGGGCGAUAUGAUUAAAGACUACAAAAAUGAUCUGGGUAGAAUUUUGGACAGAGAAGAAACAAAAUCAGUAGAAACAGAGAUUAAACAAAGUCAAUAUGUACCGAUACGUCAAUACAAGAGACUUAAUUUAACGUCGACAUUCGAUUACUCUCUAGCGUCUAACUUGACCGGCGUUGGCUUUGAAAGUUCAUUCUUUGGCGCUUCUUCAGUUAGCGGCUCAACCAGUGGUCUAUAUCGCCGACCAUCGAGUGUUUUCAGCCGAACAAGCUCGGGCGAAAUUUCCAUAUCGUACCGACAACGCGAGUCGCUAACUUGUGCGUCGCCAGUAGUUGAAAAGGAAGCUGCAAUUACGAACAUGAAGCUGUUGACGCCGAUUGAGGAAGCAAGUCGAGAGGGCUCGAAUAGCCAAAGUCAAAAUAUCCUAAGCCAAAAUAUCUUGAGCCAGAAUGUGCUUAGUCAGCCAAUUAAUAAUGAGAAUGCUGUCACAUCUACGCCUUUUAAGGCUGGAAGAUCAACCGACAAUCCGUGAUAAUUGAGGGUUGCCUGAGAAACCAUACGAUUAUUGCUUAAUGUCUCGAAAAAUAGGCCAUAUCACGUUUAAAGUAGUUAUUACUUAAAAAAAGAUCUACACGUUCAAAGAAAACAUUUAAAAAAUCUAACAUGAGAGAUUUCUUACCUAUUUUUUGCGACGUCGUGUAUUUUCCUGGCUUCUACACAAAUAUAUCUAUUCGCUGAUUUUAAAAUGUUUUAAGAAUUGUUAUGCGCGUUUUGUUUCUUGACAUUUAUUGAAAAUGGUCGCCGUUGAAUAAUUUGUUUUGUAAUUAUGUUGUAUUUGUAAGUUGGGUUAGUUUCGAAUUGAUAGUUGUUAUGAUAGUUUCUAACAAGUAUAUGCUCGAUAAUUGGUUGAGUGUGUAUAAGUUAUAAUAAGACUUGAUUCUAAUCGAGGAAAUGGUAAU